CAAACCCCGUACACUCCUGUCCGCCAUGUUUUCAGACGACAGUCCUUUUAAGUUCCAAACAAAGUAAACCGCUACGUGAAUCAACGUGCUGGUAGAAACGCUGCAAAACUCUUUGCCCACAAACGAAAGACACUCAAAAUGCAGCUUCAAACUCGAUCGCCUCUAAUCCGUCCUUGCUGAGCUCUGCUGCGCCAUCAUCGAGCGUCAUUGCCUUCGUUCAAAAAGCGUAAUCUAGAAACGGGCCAUUGGUUAUUGUAGGCAUCGUAAACAUUCAACCAACAAAAAACGAAGGCAUCAAGAACUGGCCGUCCCUUAACCGUUUCGUUGUGCCGAGUGACACCCAAAUUGUUCAUCCAAGUAUGCCCUAGAGUAUAAUCGGACUUGUUCGCGAGACACGUAGAACAUACGAUAUAGUCGCCGUGUUUGGAGUGAUCAAAAGAGGAAGAUCCGAUUCACUUCGCCAUUUCGAGGAAUCUACAAGAAAUAGAACCGAACAUGAAUCUACAGAAUGGGAGCGCCAACCGUGGUCUACACAGCAAGGAUACAGCCAAGCGGUUCUCGAUACACGAUGCAUUCGAAGAGGAAACGGACGAAGUAAUUAAGGUGUAUGGUUCGACCGUCAUCAGCACACCGAUGCGGGCGAAGGCUCGGUCACCGGACGAUGUGUCCAUCAGAAUACACGACCAAAGUAAUCGAGCCCAUCUAAAAUACACCGAUGAUACCACCUCCAGGGACAGCGACUCACUGAUACAGGAGUAUGGACAUCUGUCGUCAAGUGAAUCGUACACCUACUGUUGGCGACACCCGAAGGUGAGGGAAAAUUGGCGCACCGUACUGGCCGCGAUCGCACUCUUGAUCAUCGGUACCGGGCUGAUAGCAAUGGGUGCGUACGCCCUGGUGGAACCGCACAACGGAUCGCAGGCAGCAGUGUUUUUCGUCGCCGGAUUCAUCUGCUUUGUGCCGGGUGCGUACCACGUCGUGUACAUCUGGUUGGCGGCACGCGGCUAUCGAGGAUUCGACUUUUAUCACUUACCACUCUUCACGUAAGUGUAGUAAAAUGUAUCGAAACGAUGAAGCAUGGAAGAUAAGAGGUACUUUAGACUGUGUGCGAAGCCGCUCAACGGGCGGUUACGGAACGGUGGAAAUGGACAGUACUGAUACUGAGGUAUGGUCUCAAUCGGCAAAAGACUUGAAAUAGUUCGAUUCACUAGUAGUAAGCUUUGUGAACCGUUUUUGUUGUGGCAGUGGAAAUGGAGCUUCAGAUCGUCGGUUCUAUCACGGCUUAAGUAAACAGUUUUAUGCUACUUGCUAUACUACAUUCCCUUUACUGCAGAGAGAAAACCCCGUUAUGGUGAGAAAAGCUUUUUGCUACGUUUCGGGGAGUUGUUUCCGUAACAUUAGUCCCCCCGGGGGGAUGGAAUGUGGAGACUGUUGCAUGCCGGCAAGAUUAGUUGCGUGCCGUCAGCAUAUAUACCACAUACCACCGUCCAAUGCUAGCGUCUUCCACGUUAUCACAAUCGAAACAUGCGUUUGCUUUCCUUUUGGCAAUAUUAUAAGAAAAGGUUUAAUUAUUCGAUUGUAUAGCAACGAAAAGUAUAAUGCAUGUACUAUAAUGUAGCUAGCUGCGAGUAUUUUUUCACACCGUUUUCACCUUCAUGGAGAAAACGGAUUCCUUCUUUGUGUGCCAUUCUACUACCGUGUUAUUUCUCGUGUGGAAAUAUUAAAUACAUGUUGAUCAUGAUUGAUCAACAAGCUUCUGGCGUUUAGUUUAUGCUUUGAAAUCAUACGCUUAUUAGAAGCGCAUUUCAUUCUACAUAACGCAGCGUGUCAUAUUUCACUAAUGCAAGACAAACCUUUAAGAAUAGUAAAAUUUACACAGCUACAACACACAUUCUAACAUACGAGCGUAAAUAGGAAUAGUACCAAAACAAGAGCUGUCCAAAACUGUGGUAAACACAGUACGUGAAUGAGUGAAUUAGACAGUGAAGAACAAGAUUAAAGGAUACUAGUUCAUGCCACAGAUUAUUAACUCCCCUGCACAUCGAUGCAGUUAAGUGCUUAUGUGUGCUGUAAAAGGGGAAAAGGGAAAAGUCAGCCUAGCUUUAGUAUUUGCGGGGGAACUCGGGGGCUCAACUUCAUACAUAAUUAUAUAUGAAUAGAAAUAUACAUAUGCCGCUGUAAACAAAGAAUCGAACCACACCCAUUCGGAACCAAUUUUUGUAUCGAAACAAUCACUUGCAAAUGGUGUGGCACCUUCUAUAAUAAUGUUGUGCGAGAUGUGAAACUAACAAUAGAACGCCUAACCGUAUAAAAAAGCUCUCUUAAAACUGCUGAAAGUUAUCAGUUAAUAAUUAGGUGUAACGUUUACUCACAGGAGUGCAGGGUUAAUUAGAGGCGGCACUUAAAUUGCGUGCGUGCAUUAUGAGGAGCGUUUUUCAAACUUAAAAUGAAAUUUCUCAUUCGGCCGGCCAGUUAAGCAAAUGUAUUGUAACUCUUUGGUUCUGGAUUACAGAAACUAAAUGGCACUGGAAUGCGUUGCGCUGUGAGCUGUUUAAGUUUAUUUCUUUGUACAAAAUGAGGUAGCGAUUUGUUUCGUUCAAAUCGCACCACCCAACAAUACAAAACCGGGCCACCCCGGAAUGACAAUUAAUUGGACAGCCGUCAACUACUACUUGUGAUAAACUAAGUGGAAAGAGAUAAAGGUGCAGCGGAGGAAAUACGCUAUUUAGAAACAAAGCGUUAACCGUCUCCUUCACUGAAUCGAGGCAAAACUAGUGAUGGAAAUGAUUACGUGCGAAAAAAACACUUUAGCACGUAACGGGAUGAAUGGGAAAGGAAGGAAUACAACAAAAUUAGGUGUGAAGGGAUGCGUAACGUAACACACGCUUUACGCUACAGAUAUUGUGUUUAUUGUAAUGCUUCGUUUAUAUUAUCUCUUUUGCUCAUACCAACCGUCGUAGAUACGUAAUACAUUCUAUAUUUAUCAAUAUUUACGUUUGCCAACACCUACUAGCGCACUGAAUACGAAAUUGUAAAAUUUAUAGCAGCAACUAAUUUGGUAGAAUGAAGAAAGCUGAAAUGAAUAGAUUAUGUUAUAGUUGAGAAACGGGCAAUAAUGGCAAAAAAAACAUGUUUCUGUUUGCGAGUUAAAUCCGCGCUGUAGAAAGGCAAACACUAAACAUAAUAAAACACCGUGUAAACCGAGCUUUAACAAACCCCAUUUUUCCCAUUGGCCACCAAAAAUCGAAUGAAACACGAAUCGUUUAGAACUUUAAAAUUUAUUAUGCAAUAAAUCAGAUGCAGGGCAUUUGGAACAGAAAGUGAAACAUGGUAGUAGAAGGGAAAGAGACAAUUUUUACAAGUACACUUUACAUGCACGAUAAAAUCAAAAAUACAUUUACGAAAGUACAUUUUAGGACCGUUGCAAAAUGGGGUGGAUGGUAUAUAAAGGUGAUUGCGCUCCGAUUCGAUAAUCGAAGGUUGAUAUAGAAUACUCACACAACAGUAGUGAAAUGAAAAAAAAAAACAAACACACAAACUCUCUUUAUACGACACUUUCCUCAAUCAAGUAUGAUAGAGACCAACAUUGGCUGGCAUAUUAUAUGGAUUAAAAAAAACUUCAUUGUAAAACCGUUCGGCUGGCUUAGUAAAAUAAUAGUUCGCCUAUAGCGGUGUAUUUAAAUGACUAUUGUAUUAUCAGUACUUUGAAUAAACAG